AUGGAUAUUACAAGGGGGAGCUUGGAUAAAAUUUCAAGGCCUGCAUCUAGCUCAAGAGCUUAUCCUAAUUGUAGAUCUUUAAAUACAUCUAUGGAGUUACUAACACCAGAGCCACGUUUGCCAAAGGUUGAUUCACUUGUCAGUUUGGCUGGUAGUCAUCAAAGAGGCAGUCUAGAAGACUGCUGUCCAGAAGAAAACAAAGGUGAUGACAGAGAGAAAUCUGAUGUCAAGGAAGUAAGAACAGAUCAGCAAACCGCAGGGGAGAGUACGACCUUCUUUCUUCAGAAGUAUAUGCUGAAUCCCAACGAGUUGUCAGGAUGUAUCUCUAAUUCAGAUUCUGGAGAUGAUAGCACUGAAACACAGACUUCAAAAUUCUGUGAACCUUCCCAAGGAAAACUAACAAACUCUUCCAACUUGGAAUAUUCUGAAGAAACAGAUGUAGAUCCUCAGAUUCAAGAAGCUAUAAAGAAAAUGAAUAAACUUGACACAAUGCUGGCAAAAAAACAUUUUAAGGAGAGAGCAAUUAAAAAACAAGGCAAAGAAAUGAGGGCAAAGCUCUGGGAAGAACUUCAGUCUAUCAGAACCACUGGAGGCCAUGAAGAGAUAGAAAACACAAAACUUUUUUUAGGUUUGAUCUCAUCAUGGCAGGAUACAGCUGAUCCCUCCCAUGCUAAAGAAGAUGAAAUAUGUACUUCAGUAUUUCAUACACAAAUUAAUCCAGAAGAUUAUGACUGCCAUAAAACCCAACAUAAUCAGGAUUAUCCAAGUGAAUUAGAAACAAACGAAUUUCUUAAUCAAGCAGAAAAAACACAUAGCAAAAGUAAAAACAAUCAGGAUUUCAUUAAAAAGAACAUUGAGCUAGCAAAGGAUUCAGGAAACCAGAUUGUUAUGCUAGAGGGAGAAAGGAAAAGGCUAAUUGAACUAUUGAAAGAUACAGAAGAUGGAUUUGAAUUGCAAGGUCUUGAGGAGGAUGUAUCUGGCUGGCUAGCACCAGGAGAAGGGUACACACCUGAACCGAUGGAAUUUCAUCACCUAAAUGAGAUAGACAUUAAGCUUCAAGUACUACUAUCUGAUGGGGAUUUUUCUGUGAUUUUCAGCUCUUACUCAAAACCUCCGAGCCAGAUUUAUCAGGAGUCUCUGGUUUAUGCAAACAGAAGCCUAGAAGCAGUUCCAGGUGAAAAGGUUCUGCGAGACAAUAAGGAACGACGUGAUCAACAAAGUCGUCUGAAAGAAAUAGAUCAUCAGCUGAAAUCCCUGGAGAGAAAUCUUACUGAAGAACAAACGGGCCUCUCUGAAGAGCAGCUUAAGACCCUUCUGGAAGAAUGUAUGCAGCCUCAGAGAACAAUAAGCAACGUUACCAUGCCAAAGUCUCAGGAAUCUCUUUCUUUUGGAUUAAGUCCCCCUUGUUACACAAGUCAAGACUCCACUCUUCACUCCACAUCCACUCUUCCCAAAAUGUUAGUCGAAGACCAUAUUGUAGGGAUGUUAGCGGCUCAGGAAAGGGCUGGACUCGAAGACAAAAGCUUAUGUGUUAAUGCAGAGAGUGAAAUCCCUGGCUACUAUAUCAGCAAAGCAUUGGCUGAUAGUCACUUAUCAAAGGAUUCACUGGCCCAAACAGAGGAACCUGAUGACCUAGAAGGUUUACAGAAGAUGGGAGAUAAGAGUAUUACUGAAGGUUACUUUAUGUCAAGAGCACUCAACACAAAAAAGUUGAAGAAACCUUCUUUCUUGGGUGAACCAUUAUAUUGCAUCAGCAUGAACAAUGAGCCAUCCACAGAGGCUGACAUUCUCAGCAUACCACUGCAAACCAAAGGAGGUGAGACUCUUAACAACCCUUUAGAAUAG